CGUACCCACGUGCGGGAGUUGGGAGCACCCCCGGGGCAGCCCCGCCCGCUCUGUGUCCUCAGCCGCCCCCCCGGGGUCCCACUCCCGGUGCCGCGUCCCACCUCGAGAGGGCACCGACGGUGCGGGGCGGCCGUUCCCGGUCGGUUUCUCCCCACCCGGUGGCAGCGGGACCCCUCGGACGGGGGUGGGCGGGGGGGGGGUCCGGCUCUGCCGCCCCCAUCAGAACCAUGGAGAGGGAACGGGGUGGCAGAUCCGUUCCCCCCCCGCGCUGCCCCCGCGCUGCGCCGCACCGGGGUUCGGUCCCGGCCCCGGGAGAGAUCGCAGAACGGUGCGGGCGGACCCCAGCAGAGGGCGCGGCGGAGUCGCUCCGAAGCGACCGCGUUUACAUCGGCGCCGGUGAUACCGGAGCGAUUCUCAGAUCUGAGCGCAGAGUGCCACCGCGCGGCUCCGGGGGGGAACCGCGGCUUUCCGGGGGCGUCCCGGGGAAUUCCGUUAUUACCGAACCGGGAGACGAACCCGGGGUUUUCCCCGAGGUGGUGACGUCACGCGUGACGCCAUCGUCCGCCAUGGCCGCGCUGCUGAAGGCCGUUCUGGGCGCCUCGGAGAAGGCAGCUGAGAUCGCACGGCUGUGCCGGGACGCGGAGCCGCUCUUCCGACUGCUGGUGGCCGAGAAAACCGGAGCGGAUCGGAACCAGCGCUUCUCCCACGACUUCAAGACUCUGGCAGAUGUCCUCAUCCAGGAGGUCAUCCGGCACGACCUGGGCGCCAAGUUCCCUGAGCUGCGCGGCCACAUCGGCGGCGAAGAGUCCAACGAGUUCACCAACGCCAACGGGGACACGGUGGCGGUGCGGGUGUGCGGCACGGUGAGUGAAACGGCAGCGCUGCUGGGCUCCGUGCUGCACCCCGAACGGGAGGCGGCGGAGCUGCUGGCGGCCGCGGCGCACCGGGAGGUGGCAGUCGGGGACGCGGCGCUGGAUGGCGUCACCGUCAGCAUCGACCCCGGGGAUGUGGCCGUCUGGAUCGAUCCCAUCGAUUCCACCAACGAGUACAUCGUGGGGCGGGAGGAUGUUGUCCCCCAGGAUGGCAUCGCGCCGUCGGGGCUCUGCUCGGCGCUGGUGCUCAUCGGCGCCUAUGAACGCAGCAGCGGUCGCCCCGUGCUGGGUGUCAUCAACGAGCCUUUCCACCGCCGCCACCCCCAGACACGUGGGUGGCAGGGCCGCUACCAUUGGGGAAUCGCCUACCGGGGCACCCACCUCUCCUCUCUGAGCGCCCCCCCACCACCGCAACCCCCUCCCCGUGUGGUGCUGAGCCGGGCAGAGGCGCAGGGGGUGCGGGAUGCCCUGGCCUCACUCAGUGGGGGUCACCUCCAUUUCGCUGCCGGUGCCGGUUACAAGAUGCUGUGUGUCAUCCUGGGACGCGCGGAUGCCUACGUCCUCUCGGGGGGGAGCACCUUUGCAUGGGACGCCUGUGCCCCCCACGCCAUCCUGUGUGCUCUAGGGGGGGGUGUGGUGGCCCUGCGGGAUGCCCUGAGGACACGGAGGGAGGGGGACACGAGGACACCCCCCCAACUGACCUACAACCACCCGGCUGAGGGGGCAGUGGGGGCUGAGCGUUGGGCUAACCUAGGGGGGCUGGUGGCCUAUGUGCACCCCCAGCACUUGGAGGCGGUGCUGGAGGUGCUGGCAGCCGUGCCGGGCCUUUGAGUGGGGAGGGGUUGGGGUUGGGGGGCAGGGUGUGGGGCAGGGAUGUGGGUGAUGAGACAGCGGAUGUGGGGUAGCAGGGACAAAGGGGCACAGAGAGGUGACGCCUGAAUGGCAGGACCCCAGGGUGUGGGACAUGGGGUGGUGGGGACCCUUAAAGUGGGGCAGAGGGGUGUGGGGCAGCUGGGACCCCGUGGCAAGGGACCCAAGGGGCAUGGGGCAGUGACAGCUAGUGAGCAGAGUGCCAGGAUAUGGGGCAUGGGGUGUUUGGAGACACUGGGGUGCUCAGCAUGGGAUGGGGGGAACACAAAGGUGCCACACAGGGUGGUGACACGUGGGUGGCAGAACCCCAGGGUGCAGGACAUGGGGUGGAGGGGAUCCUUAAAGUGGGGCCGUGGGAUAAGGGGUGGCUGGGACCCCAUGGCAGAGGGCUGAGGGACAUGGGACAGUGACAUUAUGGUGCCCAGGGUGCCAGGGUGCGGGAUAUGGGGUGUUUGGAGCAUGGGAUGGGGGGGACACAAAGGUGCCACAUGGGGAGGUGACGUGGGUGGGUGGGUGGCAGGACCUCGGGGUGUGGGACAUGGGGUGGUGGGGACCCUUAAAUUAGGGCAGUGGGGUGUGGGGCAGCUGGGACCCCAUGGCAGGGGACUGAGGGGCAUGGCACAACGACAUAGGGGUGGCAGGACCCCAGGCUGUGGGAUGUAGGGUGUUUGGAGACCCUGGGGUGCCCAGCAUGGGAUGGGGGGGGACAAAAAGGUGCCACAUGGGGAGGUGACAUGUUGGGUGGCCGGACAUCGGGGUGUGGGACAUGGGGUGGUGGGGACCCUUAAAGUGGAGCAGGUGGGGUGUGGGGCGGCUGGGACCCCAUGAGGGGACAGAGGGGCGCGGAGCGGUGCCACCACGGUGCCGGUGGGGCAGAAGGGACGUGGAGGCUCCGGAGCUGAGUGCCGCUCCGCAUCAUUAAAGGCUCCGCGUCGCCUCCG